UCUGCCAAUGAACUCGUGAAGAUAUUUUUAAAAAAUAGUUCUUCCUCCAUUUCUAAGGACCACUUCAAGCAAAUCAGUCCAGCUAUCAUUCAGCAACUAUUAAGUUGUUCAUGUCAGCUUCCUGACUCCAAGCAGGCAAAGCUUCCACCAACAACUUUGGAAAAAUAUGGCUACAGCACUGUUGCUGUUUUACUUAUUACUAUUGGAUCUAUGUUUGGUACAACCCUCAUUUUAUUUAACUCCUGUCAAGAAAUGUAUACACUCAUUUUACAGCUGUUUGUCGGUUUGGCUGUUGGGACCCUUUCUGGAGAUGCAUUGCUACACCUUAUUCCUCAGACUCUUGGUUUACAUAAACAUGACGCACAAGAGGUAGAACAUUUCUAUGAGGGGAAAGAAUAUAUUUGGAAACUUUUGGGAAUAAUUGGAGGAAUUCAUGGAUUUUUUCUGAUAGAAAAGUGUUUCUUUCUUUUGGUAACACCACAUGACCAGGUAAAACUUUUUAAUGGGCACUGGGGACAUUCCCAUGAUCUUCCAGUGGAAUCUGAAUUAAAUGAACAUUCAGGCAGAGGCAAAUCUACUUCAACCAUACAGUUGAGAAGCCCAGAAGAUUCCGAGUCUGCUGAAAUUCCUCCAGAGAGUAAGGCGAUCAGCAAAAAAAGUAAGAAAAUUAGCUUGUUAGCAAUAAUGGUUCUGGUGGGUGACAGUCUUCACAAUCUUGCUGAUGGCUUGGUAAUAGGAGCAGCAUUCUCAUCCUCAACAGAAACAGGUGUGACAACGACUAUUGCUAUUUUAUGCCAUGAAAUUCCUCAUGAAAUGGGAGAUUUUGCUGUGCUGCUAAGCACAGGGCUCCCCACGAAGAUUGCAAUUUUGAUUAAUUUUAUAAGUGCACUAACAGCAUUCUUAGGACUUUAUAUUGGCCUUUCUGUAUCAACUGACCCACGCAUUCAAAACUGGAUUUUUACUGUUACAGCUGGAAUGUUCUUGUAUUUAUCUUUAGCAGAAAUGCUUCCUGAAAUGACUCAUAUUCAGACACGGCGACCCUGGUUGAUGUUUCUCCUACAGAACCUUGGAUUACUAUUAGGCUGGCUUUGCCUCUUACUUUUGGCUAUAUACGAACAGAAAAUUAAAAUAUAAGUUUUCUGAUGGAAAUCUUGAAGUACCACUUAUGACAGUGGAUAGCACUAUUCACAAUUUUGUCAUGUCUGCUAUAGUGAUAUAAAUUAAGUUGCUGGGAUUUUUGUAUCUGAACAGUAGAUAACUAUUUCACUUCAUUAACUUAUUGUUCAGAUUUUGUAAUUUUUUUUUUUUGUAAACAUGAAUGUUUAGAAUUAUGUUUUAUUUGUCACUGAUUUUACCAGAUCCCAUGCUCAAACUCACAGGAGCUUUUGAUUAGUUUUUAUUGAGACUGUUCUAGUUGAAUGCUCUAAGUGAUCUCUGCCAGUCUGAUUGAAGAGAAGAAUAAAACGCCUUUAUAUGCAAUAAUUAAAGUGGACUAAUCAUAGUUGAAUAAUUUGAAGCAGAAAAGUUUGUUGCCUUUUAGUACAAAGAAUAAAUGUAUUUCUAUAAAACUAGAAAGUAUAGCAAAACUAAACUGCUAAAUGGCGUACAG